GCUAAAGCACGCGCAGCAGCAGCAGCAACACGAUCAGCAGCAAUGGCUUCGGGAUCGAGUGGACCCAAAGUGUAUUGCCCAUAUCAUCCCGAUGCCCUGCUGGUCGAAGAUUAUCACGCUGGGGACAUGAUUUGUAGCCUUUGCGGACUCGUUGUCGGCGACAGAAUCGUGGACGUCUCCAGUGAAUGGCGCACUUUCCGCGGUGACAAUGACCAACGCAAGAAUGCCAAGUCACGUGCAGGAGAUGCAGAAAAUGCAUUGUUGAGCGGGAGCGGCUUGUGCACUGUUGUCGGCCAAGGAACCGGAAAUGCCAGCUUCGACGAAUCUGGGAAGGCAAAGUACAAGAGCGAUAGAUGGGGGAGCAGUUCAGAUCAAGCUUUGAUCAGAGUCUUCAAGGAAAUCAGUGCCAUGGCUGACCGUAUCCACUUACCAAGGACCAUUGUGGAUCGUUCCAAUCUCAUCUACAAGCAAGUUAAGGACAGGCUGCCAUCCAAAAGCCGCUGUUGCAGUGUCGUUGCAUCCGCCUGCCUCUACAUCGCUUGCAGACAAGAGGGAGCUCCUAGAACUCUCAAAGAAAUCUGCGCUGUAUCUUCUGCUUCAAAGAAACAGAUCAGUCACAGUUUCCAGUUCAUCCUGAAAACCAUGGAAACAAGAGUGGACCUCAUCACGACCGACGACUUCAUGUCCCGUUUCUGUUGCAACUUGGCUCUGCCACUGUCCGUACAAAGAACAGCUGCAUGCAUCGCGCGCAAGGCUGUGGAGCUGGACAUCGUGCCAGGACGAAGCCCCAUCUCUGUGGCUGCUGCUGCCAUCUACAUGGCAUCCCAGGCCUCAAAGGACAGGAAGUCUCACAGAGGUGCGCCCCUCUCUACACUUCUCUCUUUUAGGACGAGGUAUUUGUUCAGGGGCUGCUCCGGACCCUCACUUUGGAGAGGGUUCUUUCUCGUAGCACGUAACGGGGAGGGAAGAGGGGGAAACCUAAUGUUUAACCUAAUGCUUUGA